AUGGCUGCUAGGGAAUAUAUCAAGUGUGCUUAUCCGACAUCAAUUGUACAUUUUAAAAGUAUUAGUAUCAGAGGAAAGUCUGAAUGUCCCUUGUUCGUUUGGAUACCUGGGAAUCCGGGCUUGAUAGAAUACUAUGAAGAGUUUUUGAUGCUAAUACACCGUCAGCAUCCAGAAUGGGAAGUCUUGGGCAUAUCCCACGCUGGAAUGAGCACAGCGAGCGUUUCUAAGAGCGAGAAGAGUGAACGUAACGAUGUAUAUUCAUUGAAGCAACAGAUUGACCAUAAGCUCGAGAUUAUCAAAGACUUUUCAUCGACGAACAGACCUCUGAUCAUCAUGGGGCAUUCUGUAGGUGCUUAUAUGGUCCAACAUAUUGUUCUUUCCGAUAAACUAGUGGGUAAAGUAGCCAAGAUGGGGCUGUUGACUCCUACUAUACUUGAUAUACACACUUCAAAGAAGGGAGUUGUGCUUACAAAAGUGUUAUAUUGGCUCAAGGAUCUGCCCCAGCUGGCCGGAUGGUUUAGCAGCCUCUUAUUCGGUUUUUUUCUGCCGUCCUUCAUCCUUAGGAUACUACUUUCGUUCUUCAUGGGCUGUCAUAGGAAUAGUAGCGGUGUUCUAACUACUACGGUACUUUUGGAGAACGGCGAAUUUGUUAAACAAGCAUUGGGGUUAUCGGUGUACGAAAUGGAAGAAAUUAGAAGUGAUUGGGCUUUCCAAAGAAGGCUGAUUGUUCAUUGCAACGAGCGAGGAAUAUCCACAUGGCUACUGUUUAGUGACUCUGAUCAUUGGGUUGCUGACACAACCAGGGAAGAUUUAAUCAAGUUUUACAGGGACCAUUACAGAGCGGAUAAGAUUAAAAUCCAUACUUGCAAGAUUCCACACUCAUUUGUUUUGAAUCAUUCCAAAUACUUAAUAAGCGAAUACUUUGAGGAUAGUUAA